GCUAUUACCUCUGCAGCGUGUGGUCAGCUUUCUGUUGCACGAUAGCUACAAACAUUUCUGAUGCUAGCUAACGCUUGAAUCUGUGAUUUUAAUAUCCUCCGACUUAUAAAAGUAGCUUUACUUUACAACACACUUCUUUGUAGAGGCCUAGUUUUAGAGCUAUACACACGGAGCCGCGUUUUUCAGCAUAUUUGGACGUUUCUCUCCGCUAGCUAGGCAAGGUUAGCGCGUUAGCUAAGAUUAACAUCAACAUGAACAUUGACAACGUUAACCAGUCCGUCACAACUGGAGUGCCAUCUACAACGUCUUCAACUUCAAGCAAUUGUAUCGCAAAUGAUAAUGCAACAACCAACGUCAGCAGCAUCCCUUCGGUCACGAGCAAUGCUUCCGCAUCAGCGGCCAUGGUGACACCAGCAGCAGACACAUCUGUCUCCAAUGGUGUCUAUGUGCCUGGUGGCAUCACCAAUGGAGAUGUAAAACCUGCCGUCUCCACCACACCCCUGGCAGAUUUUCUCAUGCAGCUGGAAGAGUACACUCCCACAAUUCCUGAUGCAGUUACAGGGUACUACCUCAACAAGGCUGGAUUUGAGGCUUCUGAUCCAAGAAUAAUCCGUCUGAUCUCCCUUGCUUCUCAGAAGUUUAUCUCGGACAUUGCCAAUGAUGCGCUGCAGUACUGUAAAAUGAAGGGAACUGCCUCAGGAAGCUCGAGGAGUAAGACAAAGGAUAAGAAGUACACUCUGACUAUGGAAGACCUGACUCCUGCCCUUUCAGAAUAUGGCGUCAAUGUCAAGAAACCAUAUUACUUCACAUAGAAUUGUCUUUCUUCAAGGCUUUUGCUUUUGCUAGGUUUAUCUCCCUGCUGACCCACUAGUCUGUUAACACCUUUAUUGUUCAAUGUUUUUUGAUCGCAGUGCUUUAGUACAGCCUUGACAAAUCUUUGUUGUCACUUUGCCAUUUGCUAUUUUUUGUGGAGCCACCUUUGCAUUAUGUUAAAUUGUAACAUUACAUUUUAUUGUGAAAAUAAAAUCCAUAACAAAAACCUUGA